AUGCGACCAGUAUGUAGGCAGUGCGAAAAGGAGCAUGGAGGUAGACCUUGUCAGCUUACAGGCGUUAUCUGUUUUUCUUGUGGUCAGCCUGGACAUAUGGCUAAGGACUGUCCAAAGAAGCCAGUACAAGGAAUAGAUAGGUCGCGACAGCAAGGACGUGUGUUUGCUAUGACUGCUGAUGACGCAAUGAAAUCAGACUCCCUAAUUCAAGGUCAGUGUUAUGUCAAAUCUCGACUCUUAACUGUACUGUAUGACUCUGGUGCAUCACAUUCAUUUAUUUCUGAGACUCUUGCGCAUGAGUUGGGAUUAGAUUUCACCAUGUUAGAUUAUAAUCUAAUUGUUCGUACACCCACAUCUCAAAAUGCCUUGAGUAGUCAAGUAUGUCAACAGGUGCCUUUUGUUAUUGAGGCUAGGACUUUUAUACAUGACCUGGUUUGUUUGCCUUUGUGUGGUUCGGAUAUUAUCUUAGGUCUAGAUUGGUUGUCCAAGCAUCAUGUUUUCCUUGAUUGUUUUAAACGAAUUGCUACAUUUCCAUCAUCUGAAAUGCACACUGAACCAGUUGAGUCUUGUACUUUCUAUUUAUAUUCCCUAAGAGUUAUUUCUAGUAAUAGUGGGUUAGAGGGUUACGUUCUACUAUCGGCUAGCUCAGAAGCUAAUGAACAAGACUUGGAGCAAAUCCGAGUGGUGAAGGAGUUUUGA